UAGUUUCCAGAAGUUAAGAAACAAUGUUUACUAUGGCGCGAAUUAUAAGCUCGACAACUUGUACCAAACUAUUAUAUGCACGGAAAGCACCUUCUCAUAUCAGUAUGCCUCACAAAAAGAUAUGGAUUAGUUUACGCAAAAAGAAUGGCCUAGUUUUUAGAAACCACUCCGUUCUGAGCACGAAAAAUGUCAUUUACAAAUAUCCUUUCAAAUCCCACAGGCGGCAAUUCUCCGACAGACUAUACGAAAAAGGCAGAGGAGAGGAACUUAACUAUUUUCUUAGGCUUGGCAGAGAACAAUUUAUGAAAAUCAGAAAGAACAGGAUUCAAGAAAUUACCAACGAAAUCGAGCAAUUGGAAAAAGAGAUUCAAAAAUUGGAAAAGCAAACUAGUCACCGAUCACAGAAAAAUAAAGAGCUUCUUCAGAAGGAAUUACAGGCUCUAAGGGAAAUGUUAGGGAGAUUUCAUAAGAACAUCGAAAAAGAGACAGAAUAAAAGAUCUCAGAUAAUAAAUUUUAAAUUUUUUACGUAUCUACAGAUCCAGACAGUCCAAUACCGUGAGAAAUAAUGCUUAAAGUCGUAGAAAAGAUAAUUCAACUGUUGCGGC